AUGCCAAGAGAUCCCUUAAUCGGCCUGGUUGGAAAGCCUUCCAGCGGGAAAUCCACAACGCUGAACAGUCUGACAGAUGCCAGUUCGAAAGUUGGAAACUUCCCAUUCACAACUAUUGACCCUCAGCGCGCCAUUGGGUAUCUUCAAAUAGAGUGUGCCUGCAAACGCUUCAACGUUUCAGACAAAUGCAAGCCGAAUUACGGUAGCUGCGUUGACGGCCGCCGUUCCGUCCCUAUCGAGCUUUUAGAUGUCGCGGGUCUCGUCCCUGGAGCACACCAGGGUCGCGGUCUAGGGAAUAAGUUCUUGGACGACCUACGUCAUGCGGAUGCGUUGAUUCAUGUGGUGGAUGUCAGUGGAACAACUGACGCAGAAGGAAAGGCAACGCGCGGAUAUGAUCCAUCGGUAGACAUCGAGUGGCUACGAUCUGAGAUUGUGCGAUGGGUCUUGGGUAAUCUGAUGCAAAAAUGGGGCUCUAUCAAGAGAAGACAUGUUGCGACAAAAUCGACGGCAGUGGAUACAUUACAAGGCCAAUUUUCCGGAUACGGAAGCACAUCGGCGACAGUUGCGCGCUGUCUGGAUAGAAUCGGUCUGAAAGAACCUCUCGAGGAAUGGUCGGACGAGACGAUUGAGCGGGUAGUCCAGGCGUUCAUUGACGAAAAGUUUCCUACCGUUUUCGCACUGAACAAGAUUGACCAUCCUGACGCGGACAAGAAUAUUAGCAAGAUCGCCAAGAUGCAAGAUCCAAAGUCAAUAGUGCUAUGCUCCGCGAUAUCAGAGGUGUUCCUUCGAAGAUUGGCGAAACAGGGUUACAUCAAGUAUACAGAAGGCAGUGAGUUCUUGGAUACACGAGAAGAUCUCAUAGAGAUGGGCGAUCCCGAUGGUGGCGGUCUAAAAGAGAUGGACGAGAAGUUGAAGAACCGUGUUGAGAACUUGAAAGACAUGGUUCUCUAUCGCUUUGGUUCCACUGGAGUGGUGCAGUGCCUCUCGCGAGCAGCGGAACUCUUGGGACUUGUGCCGGUUUUUCCAGUCAAGAACGUGCACACAUUUUCGUCUGGGGCCGGAAAUGCGGUGUUCAGAGAUUGUGUUUUGGUUAAAAAAGGAAGCACGGUAGCAGACGUUGCCCACAAGGUUAUGGGUGACGUUCCCAUCUCUUACAUUGAGGGUGUUGGCGGCACCCGGGUGUCUGAGGAUGAAAUAGUUGAAGUAGGGAAGCAUGAUGUCCUCUCGUUCAAACCUGGCCGGUAG